GUUCCAUGUAAAUCUCGGCAAUCAUUCCGUGCAUAAAUAACAGACAACUCUGUCUUUAAAUGACUUUUUUUGAAUUGGGAGAAAGCCAAGCAGGUAGUUUCCAACUUCUCAUCAGGAAACUUACCACAGUAUUCUCCAAAGUGUUCGACGAAAAAAAGGGAUGCGGCUACCAAAUGAUCUUUGAAUUGAAAUUAUAUUGUCGCAUACUUCUAAUGCAGCAACUCGGUGAUCGUGACUGCUAUUAUUACGUCGUCUCCUUUUAUUGCCUUGGGGUUCAGUGCAAAUACUUUUGGCUUCAUUUAUUAUGUCAUCAAUUUUAUUUCUCACAUCGACAAUACAUUUUUGAAAAUUAUCGAUAGCUGUUUUAACUUGCGCUGGCUCGGUUUUUCUCUUCUGCAACUGGUUG